AUGGAUAUACUGUUUAAUCUGCUUAUUUCUCGUCUUCUUACAUAUUUCUUUCAUGGUAAAUGUCCAAAUAUGGCACAGCGUAUGAAGACAUUUUUUGAUUGUGUGAUCAAGGACUUUAAUCAAAAUGAGCUGUUGCCGACUAAAAUGCUGUUUUUUAUUCACUCAUUAUCUACGUUGAUCCUUUAUCCAUUUUUGGUCGUUCAAAUGAAGCAUCUAGGACUGGAUGUUCAAGAAACUGCAAUAAUAUCUUUUGUGACUCCCUUUGUAUCAAUUAUUUUACCAUUAUUCAUAGGACGUAUUGCAGAUAAAAUUGGACAUGUUAAGUACCUACUAGCAGUAUCUUCAGUAGCUGCAGGACCUACAGCAUUGCUUUUACUUCUGGUUCCUGUAGCAAGAACUACGGUCAUGUUUCCUGAAAAUUUGAUUUUCAGUGUUUCGUGUGAGGGAGAAUCAAUCCCAUACCUCUCUUUGCACGGUGAAGAUAUGUGCAUUCUUCAUGAAAAUAAAAAAACUCUAGAUAGUUUGUUUCAUCAGCAAUCCUGCGGUUUUGGUUGCCAGGCUUACUUGGAUCAAACCUACACCGACUAUGUUAUGAAUGUUUCUCGUUAUCAGGUAUUGCUUUAUGACGUCAUAUACAGUAAACCUAUGGUCUAUACGUUUCCAGUUAUACCUGAAAAUGAAUCAGAGCUAAGGAUGGAAACACAACGUAAAAUUUUAUUAAAAAACAAUCACCGAUAUUCAAAUACUAUAAUGAAGAUGUCCAAAAACUCAUUCUACUUUCCAACUAUGCAUAUGUUUAAUUUUACGUGUAACAUGACAAAUGAGCCGAAUAUAGGAUGUGUUAUGGGAGGCAAUGAACAGUUUGUUGAUUUUAAGAGACUAGAAAAAUUCUGGAACGCUAGAUUAAAACUACUUCCUCCAGAUAACUAUGAUAUUGAAGAAAACACACAGACAUUUGAAUUUGAUUAUCUAAAUUCCACAAAACAAAACAAUAUCACAUGCAAGAGAAAUGAGGUGAUGAAUACUAAACUUAUAAGUGUGAGUAUAAACGUAGAUUUACCUCAUUCUCCCAUUAAACAUCUGGAUAUAGGAAGUUGUUCUCUUAGGUGCUUGGUCACUACUCGCAGAGAAAACGUCUGCAUAAAUCCUGUAUUGAAGGUAGAACAGAACGUUGCACUCAGUUUUUGGUCUUACCUCGGUAUUCGUGUUGUUCUCGAUAUCAUCAAUAGUGCUAGUAUUAUUAUGUUUGAAACUGUUCUAAGAGAAAAGAACGAUGAUUAUGGAUUUCAAAAAGUUUACGUAAUAAUUGGAGGAAUGAUAUGCUCUCCGUUUUCUGGAUGGAUGAUUGAUUACGCUAGUGGUGGAAAAAAUUACCAUGACUUUCGAGCUUCUUUCCGUAGACGUCGCACCGAAGAUGAAAUCGAAAUAGAUGGGUCUCCUCAGACCAGAGUACUAUCCGUUGAAGAACUCUUAGAAGAGUAUAGAAGAAUGCAUAAUCCCAUUGAUAAUACAGAUGGAGAGGUAACAGAUGAAGAAGAUGAGGCUGUAUUUCUUGAGCGUUCAUUACCACCCAUCCAAGAAGAAAAUAUGGACGAACAAGGUGCUUCAGCUGAAGAUCCAAAUCAAAAACAAGUAAGUGUGCCAUCUGAUUAUUUUGUUGAUUCUCAUGAUCCAAUGCCAGCAAUCCAAAAAGAGAAUUUUGAACAACCACAAGAUGGGCAAUUGGUUUUGCCCAAGGCACCAAAUCAUAUCGCAGUAAAUAUGCCUGCCGAUGCUUCUGAUGGUCCACAGACAACAAUUCAAGAUCAAGCCAUCUCUAACAAUUUGAAUUUAUCUAAGAACCCAGGUGAUAUCCAGCUAGACAUACCGUGUGAUGGUUCUGAUGCUAAUGCUCCAAAAUUGGAACCAAAUGGUAUGGGUGAGGCACUACCCGGUCCAUUGGACUUGCAUAACAAUCCGGAUCAAAUCCAGGUAAAUCCUGUUCUUCCCGAUGAGGUUGAUGCUGCAGUACCCACAGUGGAAGAAAAUGUUGAACAAGAAGCAGUACCAGCUCCAAACAUGAUUGCUGCGGCGGAUGCACCUGCAGCGGCUGUGAAUCCAUCAAACUGGUUUGAAAAUAUAACUUGCACUUUAUGUUUUUUUAGAUUACUUACUCUUUUAUUUAGUGGAGCAGUUAUGCUCGCAGUUUGGCUGAUUGGAUCUAACCAUAAAUGA